UGCCGAACCGAAGGCCAAAAUCCAGUGAAAGCCCCUUCCAUCUCCCCUCGACCACCACAACUUCCUCGCCUCCUCAGUCACACCAUCCUCCCCUUUUCCUCUCCUCUGCUGUCUGCUCCAUCACCUUCUUCCUCCUCCACUUCCUCGUCGAGCAUGUCGGACUGGGGUCCGGUGGUGAUCGCGGUGGUGCUGUUCGUGCUGCUCUCGCCGGGGCUGCUGCUGCAGCUGCCGGGGAAGCACCACAUCGUGGAGUUCGGCAACAUGCACACCAGCGCCAUGGCCAUCCUUGUCCACGCCAUCAUCUACUUCGCGCUCAUCGCCCUCUUCGUCAUCGUCAUCGGAGUACACAUCACCACUGGCUAGCUAGCUACCUAUAUAUACAGGCCGACCUGGUUUCUUAUCGAUCUUCUCCUCCCUUUGUCUUCUUCAUCUUCUCACUUUUUCUGUCUCUCUGUUUGUUCUUACUAGUAGUAUGGAUGUAUGCCAUGUUUGUUGUCCUGCGUAGCGUAACUAUCUUCAAGAGAUGUUUAAUUUCCAGGGAUUGAGCGACA